GUCAAAACAGAAAAUUAAUGUUUUGCUGAUCUCGAUUUCAGCUGCUUGGCACUCUCGGCAGUACAUCCAGUGUGCUUAAUAAAAGUUCAUAAAAUGUCGCAGCUAUCUACAAGUGUAUUGAAAAACACGCUUCAAAAUAGUAAAUUUAGUUGUUUAAAGGUUCAUGCUCAAUGCAAACACACGGCUGCUACGCCGUUACAGAACAUCCGAGAGCGGCUAGAGAGUGGCCCCAGCUUUCAAGACUUUGUCCAGAACCCAUCGUACAAUCGGGAUGACUGGAGCGAAUACGAGGGAAAAUUGAAACGCGAGAAGGGCGAGAAUGAGCGGCUCAGAUUACCACCCUGGUUGAAGACGAAAAUACCGAUGGGGAAAAACUACAGCAAUAUUAAGGAACAAUUGCGAGAACUAAAGCUGGCGACCGUCUGUGAGGAAGCAAAGUGUCCCAACAUUGGUGAAUGCUGGGGUGGUGGAGAGCAUGGCACGCAAACUGCUACCAUAAUGUUGAUGGGUGAUACUUGUACGCGUGGAUGUCGCUUCUGUAGUAUAAAAACAGCUCGUGCUCCACCUCCACUGGAUCCAGCGGAACCAGUGAAUACAGCGACUGCGAUCGCCUCCUGGGGUCUGGAUUAUAUUGUGCUUACCUCAGUUGAUCGAGAUGAUUUACCUGAUGGGGGAUCAAACCAUAUUGCGGCAACCAUUAAAGAGAUCAAAAAGCAGAAUCCCCGCAUUUUUGUUGAGUGUCUUGCACCGGAUUUUCGAGGUGACACAGAGAGCAUUAAAACUGUAGCCCUUUCCGGAUUAGAUGUUUACGCUCAUAACAUUGAGACAGUGGAAUCAUUAACACCGUUUGUCCGCGACCGUCGAGCCGAGUACAGACAAAGUUUGAAAUGUCUCGAAAAUGUAAAGGAAAUAAAUCCAACGUUAGUUACGAAAACAUCGAUAAUGCUUGGACUCGGUGAAACAGACGAACAAAUCGAGCAGACUUUGAAAGACCUUCGUACGGUUGGUGUAGACUGUUUGACACUCGGCCAGUACAUGCAACCUACCAAGCGGCAUCUCAAAGUCAUUGAAUACGUCACACCGGAGAAAUUCAAGCAUUGGGAAACACGUGGAAAUGAAUUAGGCUUUUUAUACACCGCCAGUGGUCCGCUGGUGCGUAGUUCAUACAAAGCGGGAGAAUUUUUCAUCACCAGCAUACUGAAGAAUCGUGCACAGGAGGCAACUAGGAAAAAUACUCCAACCGAUUAAGGUUUUCCUCCUAAGGCGGAAAACUCACAAUGAAAUGAAUGUGCGUGGUUCAACAUAUCGCAUUAAAAGAUUGUAUAUUUAAAUAAAAAAACCUUUUUUAGGAACGAUGCUAUUUUUGCUGGAGCUGAAUAAACUAAUGUGAUGCAAUGUAUAUGCUACAAUUUAGUUGAUUUUUUUUUAAAUCGCUAUAUGCUAUACUUGGAAUGUAUAGGAAAAUGAAAAGAGAAUAAUAUACUCUGUUGAUGCUUGUUGAAUUAACCUUUAGAUUUGGUUGACCAAAUGUCGGUCAGUGCUCGAAAGUGUUCCUUGAUGUUCUUGCAAAGUCCCUAUAUAACUGUUCCAAUCAGCGAGAGCAAUCGUACCCAGCUUUAAUAAUAAAACGUAGCUUUGCAUCUAGUGGGAUUGAAACGCUAUGCAGUCGUUCGAUACAAAUAGCCAUGCGUCGCCUUUUUUCGGAUAGAUGGGUGCGCUUUGUAUCUCAUGGAAUUUCUGUUUUUUUUUUUGUUCAUUGAAGAACAAACCUUAGUUACAGAAAGGAUCUAAUUUUAUAUAUUUACAUUUAUUCUUUAGUUUAUUCACAUGUCGUGCGGAUGAUAGUAUGCAGCAAUAAAAUGUCUACUUUUCUUCGACUCUCUGGUGGUUAUUAUUCAAUAAUUUCUACUAAUUGAUCUGUUUACCCUUUCUUUUGACAUGUUGUUUGAAUCUUAUCCAUACAACACGCAUGUUUCGUUUAUCGUAUGCAAUCAGGAUUAAUUUUUUCGCCGCUGGCUCGUAUUAAUGUAGAUUUUAGCAUUCUUACACUUUUGUAUGGGUGAUAUUUAUUUGCCUGUAGACGAUCAUCAUGCUAUUACAUAGUGAAACGAUUAGCUUAUACGGAGGGUGUUUUAUCUGUUUAUUAUUUUUCAUGUGUGUGUAUAUAUGUUCAAUAGGAAUAUAAAUAGCGUACUCUCUAUCAUUUAAAUAUAUAUUUGCUCUAUAGAAUUCAGACUCUGACAGAUAUCAUACCCAUAGAAAGCUACUAACUACUGUUAUUGUUUUAAUGUAUUAUUUUGUGAGUAUAACUUUAUAUCUCUCCCACAAUAUUAUGACGUGCUAUCGGUUCUUGUAUUGUUGCUAUGUUGUAUUCUUUUCUUCUCCUUUAAAAAAUCGUAUGUAAAAAAUGUAGGAUUUGUGUGGUGGGAUAAACAUGAAUCACUAAAACGUUUCUAUCAAGCAAUAAUGAAUGAUCCUGCUGCGAAACUUUUACGAUGACGGGGAAAUCUACAAAUAAUUAAAAAGUCUAAGGAAGCGCAUGGUACUGUCAUAAAUGACGAUAUUGUUGUAAUGGAAUUAUUUGGCUAACUCACUGUAAAAAAAAAUUUAAAGAAAAUAUAAAGAAAAAGCUUUCGGUGCUGUCUUAUUUCUUAUUAUUUCGUGUGUUUUUUUUUUCUAAAGUUGGUGGUGACUAUCAUACUUUUAUAAGGAUUUGGAUUCACUAGAAAAGAUGUGGAAGGUUUAACUUUUGUCUCCAAUAACAAUAUUCAAUUAGUCAAAUUGACAGGAGCUUAACUAUUUAUGCAAAACAAUUGAACUGGGUAAGAAAAUUUAGUGGUGAGACGUAACUACGAGGAAGUUUUUAAGUUCUUUCAACUACACUGGUUUUGGUCGAAUAUCUGUCAACCAUUUUGAUUGAGAUAAUAUUAAUUUUAAUAUUGAACUGCGUCACGAGACCACAUUUUUAUCGCUAACGAAAAAAGGGAAAUGUGUUGGGAAAUUUUAAAAAAUACUGAUAUUCUACAGUACGCAAUGUUAGUGUCAUGUUUAAUGUUGUUUAGGUUUAGCUAACUCUAUAGUUAUUAUUCUGCAUGUUUUUCUGAAUGUUGUGUUUCUGUUGCUAUAAAAUGCGGCCGUUAUCAAAUUUGUUUGGUUGGAGGGAAUUUUUUUUAUUUAUUGUUUGCCAUAUAGUAGUUAUUUCACAGUUUCUGUAAAACAAUUUUCUUUUAUAUGCUCGAGAAACAUCGAAUACGGAAAGCCACUGCGACAGUCUUACUGAUUGUCUUUUAGAGCAAAUUUAAGUGUGUCUGCUGAAGCUAAACUAAUGUUUAUUUUGUCGUUAUACGAGUCGUAUGCAUUGCAUAUUGUGUAGAGGAAAAAAAACUUAUCACUUCAGAGUGAAAUUGAAAAUAAAGCUGAAUACAAAUUAGAAG